AUGUCAACACAUGAAAGAGUUCACACUGGGAAAAAACCCUAUGAAUGUAAGCAAUGUGGCAAGAGUUUUAGUCAAUCAGGAAACCUAAAGUCACAUCAGAGAGUCCACACGGGAGAGAAGCCUUUUGAAUGUACAUGGUGUGGCAAGUGUUUUAGCAGAGCAGGGCACCAGAAAAGACAUGAAAGAGUUCAUACUGGAGAGAGGCCUUAUGAAUGUAAACAUUGUGGCAAGUGUUUUAAACAUACGCGAAAUUUGAGGGUGCAUGAAAGAGUUCAUACUGGAGAGAGGCCUUAUGAAUGUAAACAUUGUGGCAAGUGUUUUAAACAUACGGGAAAUUUGAGGGUGCAUGAAAGAGUUCAUACUGGAGAGAGGCCUUAUGAAUGUAAACAGUGUGGCAAGUGUUUCAGCCAAGCAGCAAAUAUGAGGGUGCAUGAAAGAGUUCAUACUGGAGAGAGGCUACAUGAAUGUAAACAGUGUGGCAAGCACUUUAAACAUACAGGAACUUUGAGGGCGCAUGAAAGAGUUCAUACUGGAGAGAGGCCUUUUGAAUGUAAACAUUGUGGUAAGUGUUUUCAACGAACAGGAAAUUUGAGGAUGCAUGAAAGAGUUCAUACUGGAGAGAGGCCUUAUGAAUGUAAACAGUGUGGCAAGUGUUUUCAACAUACAGGAAGUUUGAAGAUGCAUGAAAGAGUUCAUACUGGAGAGAGGCCUUAUGAAUGUAAACAGUGUGGCAAGUGUUUCAGCCAAGCAGCAAAUAUGAGGGUGCAUGAAAGAGUUCAUACUGGAGAGAGGCUAUAUGAAUGUAAACAGUGUGGCAAGUGUUUUAGCAGAGCCGAUAACCUUAGGAGACACGAAAAAGUCCACACUAAA